AACCAACAUGGCCGCGUCCAGUUGAAGGCAGAAACCAGACGUACAGACUUCUUGUAGAUACCUUCUUUUAACAGCAAUGGCGUCAUUAAAAGCGAUUCUGAUUGAUGCUAAAGUUGACGAAUUGCAUCUAGUUGAAACAGUGAAAAAUGCAAAAAGCUUGUAUUUCACAGGACUGGGAACAAAUGACAAAUGGAAAAUAUGCUCCACGAAUGGAACGGACGUGUGGAAAGUGGAACUGGAUGAUGACGAGCUCGAAUCUUAUAAAGAUGCUGCAGGAGUCAGUACGUUAGAGGCAUUCUUGUCCAAGUUCAGGAAAGGAUUUCUCGCUGGAGACAUUGCUACUGUUAUUCCAUUUGUUGACGGGACAAAGGUUACCAUCAAUGUUGGUAAAGGUGCUGACAAAAUAUCCAUUGAUGUUUUUGAGGCAAAAGCUGCAGAAAGGAAAGCAGAACUUCAAAAUGUGCUGUUUCGAUUGGCAGAUGAAAAUAUGGCACUCCGAUCAGAUCUGGCUGCUGCUGAGAAGACAAUUGUGUCCUUAAAGGCUCAAAAAGGGCAAGGAGCAGCAGGGUUUUCCUUGAAUGACAUUGGACCUAAGAGUUCUAACCAAGCUAAAGCGAGACCAAAGGCAGGAAUGAGUGCCGUCAAUCCAAACAGUAAGAAGAGAAAAGCAGUGACUGGAGUUGUGUUUGAGUGAUAACCGGAGGAUAAACGAUUAAUAACAGGAGAAUUAACGAUUAAUAACAGGAAGAUUAACGUUUAAUAACAGGAAGAUUAACGAUUAAUAACAGCAGGAUUAACGAUUAAAAAACAGCAGGAUUAACGUUUAAUAACAGGAGGAUUAACGAUUAAUAACAGGAGGAUUAACAUUUAAUAACAGGAGGAUUAACGUUUAAUAACAGGAGGAUUAAUGUUUUGUACCCGAAUGGACAGAGGCUGUUUGAAACACUGCCAUUUAGAUAUGAUAUGAAUCAACUCAAACUGUCUUUCAUAUCAAACGUAGGUUUCCUGUUAGUAGGAACUCAUUUUCAUGUCAAUAUAUUUUUUAUUCAUUGGUGCAUCAGUGUUAUAAUGUUUCCAUAAUUUUAAACAAAGUUGUCAUAUCUCGACUUAAAUGAAUUUACUAUGUACACAAUAUUAAGAAAAAAUCUUUUGCAAACAAUUACAUAUUACACACAUAUUUUAGUUCAUUUCAGAUGCUACACAAUAGUUGAGGUAAACCUUUAAUAAGUGCAACAAAAUGUAUUGUGAGAGUAAAUUAUGUCAAUAUAUUCAGGUUCCAAAUUUUGUUCUUGCAACAUCAUAACACGCAUUGCUUUUAUUCUUUCUCAAAUGGCAGCUAAUUUUGAUUGAUGUACCAUUGAAUUACUUUAAUGUUUUGUCUACCAUUCAUUGUUUGCUGUUACAAGAGGGUUGUCCCUGGCUGCCAUGGUUUCGCAUGAUUUUUUUGUCCAGCAUUGGCAUCAGAAUACAAAUUUUGUGGUUUCUGCAUUUGAGAAAUGCAAAUGAUAUAUCAGUUACUCCAAAAUUCUGCAAGAAAUUUAUGUAAGCCAUUGGUAUACCCUGGUACCUGUUUUUGGUGCAUUUAAAAUAUAGUGUAAUGGUGUUUUGAAAUCCGUAGUUAGAAGAUGUUAACAAA